AUGCCCCUCACUAACCUAUUUGGCUGUCUGCUCUUAUUUGCCUUUUGCUUUAGUGACAUUAAAUCACAGCUGACAAGUACAAGUACAAGUACAAGUACAGAGAGUGCAUUAGGACAUGAUUGUUCACAAAUAUGGGAGAGAGACAACAGAGCAGUUAGUGGAAUAUACACAAUAAAACCUAUAGGAGCAAGCAAGCCUUUUCAGGUCUUUUGUAAAAUGGAUGCUGAUGGUGGCUGGACCCUCAUUCAAAAACAUGAUGGACAGAAUUCCCUGUCUUUUGAUAGAACUUGGGCAGAAUAUAAAGAGGGAUUUGGGUAUCAAUCAGGUGAACACUGGCUUGGACUGGAUAAGAUAUAUCUGCUGACCAAUCAGGCUGACAGGAUCCCUGAACUACGUAUCAAUCUUGGUGACUUUGCAGGAUCCAAAGCCUUUGCUGCCUAUAGCACUUUCACAAUUGGUUCAGAGACGCAGUUGUAUCAGCUCUCUCUGGGUGAAUAUUCUGGAAAUGCAGGUGAUGCUUUCAGAGGAAUAGAAGAUGCUACAAAUGAAAAUGGAAGCUAUUUUAGCACGAUAGAUAUGGAUAAUGACCAGUGUGAUCCAUGUCAGUAUGGCGAUAUCAUGUACAACAGUUGCAGCCGUGAUCGCUUCCGUUCUGGAUGGUGGUUUAAUAGCUGUGGGAUUGCAAAUCUCAAUGGCCAAUGGCGUAAGCAAGGACACCACAUUGGCUGGGCUUCUUCUGUGUUAUGGCAAACCUGGAAAGCCAUUGAGUCUUUGAAGUUCAGUAAGAUGUACUUGAGACACCACUAGGGUGGUAGGAAGAGCAAUCUUAGUGCAGGAUAUCAGA